AUGGCCUCCACUCUCUCCAUGAGCGGUCUCACCGCACGCGUCUCCGCGAUGCAGCGCCCGGGCGUUCCCGCGAACCGCGGUACCCGCGUCGUCGCCGCCGCUCGCCCCGCGGUCGUGCGCCCCCGUUCGAUCGUCCCCGGGAUGACAUCUUCCCGUGUCGCUAUGGCCGUGCGCGCCGACGCGUCCAAGCCCGCGGGGUCGAACGGCGCGAAGCUCGCGACCGUCGCGCAGCCCGCGGUCGAGGCCGAAUCCGUUCCCGCGAAGGGCAAGUUCGUCGUGCCCGCGCUCGCGUUCGCCGUCGCCGCCGCCGCGCUGACCCCCGCCGCGCCCGCGUCCGCCGCCGCGGCUGCUGUCGUCGCAACCGUCAACCAGGCAGACACUGCCUGGAUUCUCAUCUCGACCGCUCUCGUCCUGUUCAUGACCAUCCCCGGUCUCUCCGCCUUCUACGCGGGCAUCGUGAAGCGCAAGAACAUGCUCUCCGUGCUCAUGCAGUGCUUCUCCCUGACCUGCCUCAUGACCAUCCUCUGGUACACCGUGGGCUACUCCCUCUCCUUCUCCGAGGCUGGCAACUCCAUCAUCGGCGGCCUCGACAAGGCGUUCAUGGCGGGCAUCACCAAGGCAUCCAUCUGGGAAACCAUCCCCGAGGCCCUCUGGGCCCUCUACCAGAUGACCUUCGCCAUCAUCACCCCCGCGCUCAUGGUCGGCUCGUUCGUUGAGCGCAUGAAGUUCAACUCGGUGAUGUGGUACUGCGCGCUCUGGAUGUUCGCCGUGUACUUCCCCGCCUGCCACAUGGUGUGGGGACCCGGCGGUUUCAUGGCGGCCAAGGGCGUCAUGGACUUCGCCGGUGGCAUCGUGGUGCACAUCACUGCGGGCAUCGGCGCGCUCGUCGGCGCGUCUGUCCUCGGCCCCCGCAAGGAGAACAAGAUGAUCGCGGGCAACCUCGUGCUCACCGUGCUUGGAACCGGCAUGCUUUGGGUGGGCUGGUACGGCUUCAACGGCGGUUCCGCGCUCGCCGCGGGCGCUGAUGCCGCUUUCGCCUGCGUCGCUACCCAGAUCGCCGCCGCCGCCGCCGCGUCCGUCUGGGCCAUCCAGGACAUCAAGGAGACCGGCAAGGCUUCCAUGCUCGGCAUCGCCACCGGCUCCAUCGCCGGCCUCGCCACGGUCACCCCUUGCGCCGGUUUCGUCGGACCCCUCGGCGCCCUCAUGCUCGGUGUCGCCGCGGGUGUCGUGUGCCGCUUCUUCUCCCUCGUCGUCAAGGAGAAGUACGGCUACGAUGACUCCCUCGACGUCUUCGGCGUCCACGGCGUCGGCGGUUUCCUCGGCACCUGCAUGCUCGGCAUCGUCGCGUCCCCCGUGUUCGGCGGCUUCAACACCGACACCACCAUGAUGACCCAGACCAUCAUCCAGUGCACCGCCGCGUUCGCCACCGCCGCCUACACCGCGGUCGCGUCUUACGCCUGCCUGAUGCUCACCAAGGCCAUCACCGGCGGCAGCCUCCGCGUGCCGGAGGGUGCGGAGCAGGGCGAGGGUCUCGACAUGUGGUGCCACGGAGAAGCUUGCUACUCGCUCUCGGAGGGCGAGUCCGCCGGUGGUCAGCCCGUUCCCAAGGUGGGCGUGUGA